CGUUUCUUUUGACACUGAAGACGUUUGGAGUUUGUGAGUAAACCGAGUUAACGGACACAGAGAAAGUGUUCUUCGCCAUGGGAGCGUCUUCCUCCAGUCUUUUAGAUGAAAAUAAAUGUAACUACAUCAGAGGACGGACUGAGGCUGAACUGAACAACUUCAGCCCUCACUAUAAGAGGCAGUGCUGUGUGGCGUUUUUCUCACAGCUGCAGGAUGAAGUGGAGCAGCAGCAGACGGUUCACACACAGCUCCUCAAACAGAAGGAGCCACAACAGGCCUCUGAUCUGGUGUUUAAGGACAGUGUACUACACUUCGAUGACAGUAAGAAGUGGAAGGAGAGGUUUGCAAUAGUGCGGGCAGACUACAGUGUGGAGCUUCAUGACAGCCAGGAGACUUUUGCAAAAGGAACACCUGCACGUCAAAUACUCCAGCUAACAGGAGGCACUGUGCUGACCUCAGAGGAGAAAUAUUCUGCUCUCGUGGACAAGGCCUUCCCUGACUUGAACAGCUCGAAAGAGGAGGCUGGUUCACCCAUGGUGACCAUUCCUGGUCCGUUUCCUGUCUUCCUGAGACUCCCCUACAGGAGAGAUGCUUACUUCAGCUUCCAGGAGGAGGACAAACAGAUUCGCUUCAUGUCCAUUCUGUCUGACUCCAUCCGCCAUCAAAACCAUGACCCGCUGAAGAAGACAACUUGUGAAGUCCAAGCAUUCCUUAAAGCCAUUCAUUUCUACAGACAGGAGAAAGGACAUUAUGAAUCAUGGGAGAUGCUUGUGGGCACCGACUGUCAAGUGCUGGCCAACUUGGUGAUGGAGGAGCUCUUGCCGUCCCUGCAGACAGAGCUAUUGCCCAGGCUGAAGGGAAAGAAGGCUGAGAGGAAGAGAGUGUGGUUCACGACUGUACAGGCGACGUAUGAGUUGGUACAGGACCAGCUGAGUGAGGGGCUGCAGAGACUGAAGGAGGAGUGCAGUGAGAUUGCCAAACAGCAGGAGACGCUCAUUCGUUCCGACAUGGACCAGAUCAUCAACUCCAGCAACUUCCUGAAAUCAAAACUGCAAGGCCUCGUCUCGGAGCCUGCGAUGAAGUUCUGCUCUGAGAGUGUAUCUCCAUAUCUGGCCUCCAUUCUGGAGGAACUGAUGGGUCCAGUGAGUUCAGGCUUCCAGGCCGUGAGGCAGCGUUUGGAGACGGAGCUGACCCGAAUUUGCAAGGACUUCCAGCCAGGAGGAACUAAAGAAGAACUUACUAAAGCUUUAGAGGACGUGUCUCAUGCCCAGCUGGAGGACUGCUAUCAGCAUGUCUCUGUUCUUAAGGAACAGUUGCAGGAGCUGCGCAGCCGCUUCAGGUUCUCCAACUCCACAUUGGUGGUGCACAAGACACAGAGCCACAUGCAGCAGCUGAUGGAGAAUGCCGUGUAUACAUUCGAGUUGCUGCUUCAGUCAGCCAUGAAGGAUGAACCUGAGAAAUUGGCCACAGUCAUGGAGAAAGCCAAGCUCCGAGUGCUUAAGCAAUAUGACUAUGACAGCAGCACAGUGAGGAAGAGGAUUUUCCAGGAGGCUCUGGUGGACAUCACACUGCCAGCCAUUAGGAGAAACCUGGCACCCAGCUGUAAAACUGAGCUGCAGAACUAUGAGCAGUACAUCUUCGCUGAUUACACAAACUUCAUCCAAGUGGAGAACGUCUAUGAGGAUAUAAUGCUGAACACCCUGAAUAAUGAAGUGAACAAAGUGGUGAAAGAAGCGGCCACUCUGAAGAAGCACAACCUGUUUGUGGACAGCACCGAGCUGCAGUGUCUUAGUCAGAGCAGUCUCACAGACAGCCGCACUCCGCCUCGCUCAGCCCCCUCCAGUCCGGCGAAAGUGCAGUCUGCAGCUGCAGCACAAAAAGCUACGCAGAUUUCCAGCUCCUUGAUGGUGGAAAAUGGCAGUUCAGAGAAGCAACCAGUGGAGAAGAAACAAGAGUGUGCAGAUGAAUCAUCUCCAACAGUUAAUACGCAACCGUCGAAGCCCAACGAGCUUUCAGCAGAACCCAGUAUGCCAUCUUGUGUUUCUGCAGAUUCCCCAGAUCUACCUAAGGUCCCUUCAACAUCCAUCUCUGAUUCCUCAGAACCAGUGUGUGAGAUUUCUGUAGAUAAACCUGACAUGGUGUGCUACACUUCAUUACCAGAAGCAGCCGAUGCUCCAGCUCAGAGCCAAGUUGUGAUAGCCACUGCUAUCGAUUUCAACACUUCUCCUGUAAUUAUCGUGUCAGAACCUGAGUCGCUUGCAGACCAAACCACUUCUGUCAACCUACCAACUGAAGUAAAUACAGAAAGUCCUGUUUCUCUAACAUGUGGGCAAGAAACCCAAAGUGUCAGUGCUUCAGAAGAGACAGAGGUUGAUGCUGCAAAUCAGUCUCAUUCUGAGAUCUGUGACGCUGUGCCUGCACCCCUUGAGGAACCGCACGGCGGUACAGUCCAGCCUGAUACACCCAGUGCUAUAAAUCCUUCAGAUUCCCAGACUAAAGACACAGAUGACACUCAAAUUGAACCGCUUUCCUGCGAUUCAUCUCUCCCUACAGUUGACACCGCAGACAGUGCGAUGGAGAACUCCACCACUACCAACACGAACGGACUCCCCAUUAUCCCUGAUCUUUCAGCAGAGGGUGACAUGACUGCACAGUCUGCAAAGCAAGACACUGAGGGCACCACAGAUCCACGCCGUGACUCUCUCACUGAGGACCAAGAAGAAGAAGAAGAGCCGCUAGACAGCGUAAAGGCCAUCAGAGAUCUGGUGGUGGAAAUCAUUGAGGUGGAGGACAUUGUGAGUCCUUGUCCAGAUAGUCGGGGAACUCAGUAGAGGCCUUCUUAGUGAAUUAACUCUGAGGGGACUUCCUGCACGGGGGCUUUUACAAACAACUAAACAAAAUCGUAUUACGAUUGCUUCUAAAUCUGAUAACAGUUUAGACUGAAAAUGCUUUUCUUUAAAUAUUGUUAUUAAAUCUUUUCACAUUUCUUUUGUACACUGACAUGUCCAAGAGUUAAAAAAAAAAUUUGAAUUUUGUAUAAUUUUUUAAAUAUUGCUUAGAAUUAGUUUAGUUAGCAUUGCAUUUUUUUAUGUAACACUUACGCUAAGUUCACACUGCAAGGCUUAAUGCUCAAUUCCGAUUUUUUUGUGAAAUCCGAUUUUUUUGUGAGGUCGUUCACAUUAACAAAUAUAUGCGACUUGUAUGUGAUCCUCAGUAUGAACGAAAAGCGACCUAAAAGUGUUCCGCAUGCGCAUUGCAGGAUACGACGACGUCACACGCAGUGAGCAUGGCCAGUGUUUACGGAAGUAAAACCGCCCGGUUGCGGUAUGACCCAUCCAAUCUAGCUUGAAUAGCUGCAUCCCCCCAAAUGGAAAUCAGCUCCCUAACCUCUGCGUCCUUCCAUUGAGAAGAUUCAGAACCUUCACAGCCCGAAGCGUCCCUCGCAUUGAUGUCAUGCGCAGGGGCGCAGAUACGUUUUUUGAACUGGGGGGGGGACAAAAAACUGGGGGGGGACAAAGCUGCCAGCAAACCAACCCCAACCCCGAUAUGCCUGUCAAACUUGUUGUGGGUUACUAUAGCAACCAAGCUCGAGCUCGCAACCUGUGCAGUCUGCGCAGCUCGACCAACCGAAUAUCAGUCUUUGUUUUGUUUUAUGUGAGUUGUUGCAACUAUGUAUGUACUGCUGUGCACCUCAAUAAACCGAAUGGUAAUUAGUCUUUUGAUUUUUCCGUGAGGUUUGCCUUAUGCAAAGUGGGGGGGACCAAACGAAGUGAAUUUAAAUCUGGGUGGGACAAAUCCCACCCGUCCCACCCUCUAUCUGCGCCCGUGAUUAUGCGCCAUGUUGUUGUAACUUUUUUUUGAGAGACCCGCCGCCUACUUCAGCGCAGAAUAGUGACGUUUGUGGCUUGUUGAUGACGUGCAAGUCGGAUGAAUGCGACCUGGCGGUUCAGACUGAAGUCGCAUAUGAAAAGAGCGGAUAGGAAUCGGAAUUAGGACCACAUAUCCAAACGGCCUGGGUCGGAUUUGAAAAAAUCGGAUCUGUGUCGUUCAUAUUGUCAAUAAAAGAUCGGAUACAGGUCACAUAUGGGCGAAAAGAUCGGAUUUGAGUCACUUCAGCCUGCAGUGUGAACGUAGCCUUAUUCUCUUUUAAAUAUCUCGAUUUUAUUUGCAAAUGCUUGUGUAUUAAUUAGUAUUAUAUUCUACUUAAUUACUUUUAAGUCAGAUCUCUAAUGUGGGAACAGUGUUUACACGGUACAUCAGUGAGCUCGAAGUGCCACUGAGUGUGUAACCUUAUGUAGGUGAACAUUAAUCUAAGUACAGUACUAAUCAUAUAUAUUGGACUGUUUCAUAACUGCAAUAAACUCAUAUUUUCUAAA